UUCAGCUCAGAAGUUCUCGCGAGAACACCGGCGCACUAAUGUGAGCGGAAGUACUUCUAGACUCUCUUUUCCGGCGGCCAUAGUGAAGUGAUCGGCAGGCCAACAUGAAGCUGAAUCCAUUUGUCACAUCCUCCCGCCGCAAGAACCGCAAGAGGCACUUCAAUGCCCCGUCUCACAUUCGCAGGAAGAUCAUGUCCUCUCCCCUCUCCAAGGAGCUCAGACAGAAGUACAACGUGCGCUCCAUGCCCAUCCGUAAGGACGACGAGGUUCAGGUUGUCCGGGGGCAUUACAAAGGGCAGCAGAUCGGCAAGGUGGUGCAGGUCUACAGGAAGAAGUAUGUCAUCUACAUUGAGCGCGUCCAGCGUGAGAAGGCCAAUGGCACCACAGUGCAUGUCGGUAUUCACCCCAGCAAGGUGGUGAUCACCAGGUUAAAGCUGGACAAGGAUCGUAAGAAGAUCUUGGAACGCAAAGCCAAGUCUCGCCAGGAUGGCAAGGAGAAGGGAAAAUACAAGGAGGAGACCAUUGAGAAAAUGCAGGAAUGAAAUAACAUUCAUUUUGCUAACACCAAUAAAAGACUGUAAAAAUCCAGGAAA